AUGAUGCAUAUUUUAAGGAUAUUAAUAGUGAUAUACUUCAUUAAGAGCUCUUGGGCAGGUGAUGAAAAUCAAGAUCCUGACUCGAUUUCACCCCACGUCAGAAACUUGGAGAACAUAAUAAGCAACAUCGAGAGUCUCACUUUGCAAGCUGAGAAGUCUCGUCUUGAAGGUAUACUGCCUAUCGAAGAAACCAAUAAGCUUUUAAACAGCAUAGCCAAAUCCAUGGCCGCUUUAACUGAAAUGAUUUCUGCUAAAAAUAACACGUAUGCUUUCUUCAAAUUAAACGCCGUUGAUAGAAUUUUAAUUCCCAAUAUCAGGUCUGUUUACCUUCCCCUUCGCGGUCAGUUUCUUAUUCUUAUCAAAACACUGUUUAGCACAGCUCCAACAACGUCGAGGAAUUUAUUACCUAUUAACAUAGUUGACAUGUUACUGGACGUGUUUGAGAAUGAUGACGAUCUAGCAUUAAAAGCUCACGCGUUAGAUAUUUUGUACGAAUGGCUACCAAAUAGCCCAAAAUUGCAAGCACGGGUCAUGAAAUUAAAAGGCCUAGAACCGUUUUACAACCAAAUAUCAAAGUUGGACACAGACGUUGUAUUAAAGCUACUGGAUCUCUUCAAUACAAUAUUGGAAGAACAUUUGCAAGCGCGAAACAAAGAUCAAAGGAACAGGGGCGAUUUUGAAAAUUAUAAACUCUACCAAAUGAUCGGUUUGGUCGAACGGAUGUCGACUGGUACUGUUUGUAAUGGCUUGCUCAAUAUAUUCAAAGCUACAACCGCGUUUAGUGAUAACAACGAAGAAAUACUAGCGCCCGUAUUCAAGCUUAUGAAAAAUAUAAAACCUUAUUGUAUUGAAUUGUACCUGGGCAAGAGUUCUGCGGUAGAAGUAUUUGCUGAUAUCACGAAGUAUAUAAAGGACAAUGAGGAUAUUGAUUUCAAAGGUCUCGGUUUGAACAUAACGGAAAUAAAAAUGAUUUUAAAUGACUAUAAUCAACAAUUACGGGAAUAUUUUAAGGAUGAAUUGUGA